CUAAAACUGAAAUAAAAGAGAACGUUGUAUUUAGUUACCGUCAUUCUAAGUUCAGCUUCAGUUGAAUCACUCGACAUGUCUACCUUCGCUUUCUUCGUCCUCUGCGCUCAGGCUUGCGUCAUCAGCUCGGUGUACAGUCAGUGCCUGGGUAGAGUGGGUCCCGCCAUUGCCCCUGCUAUGGCUCUUGGCGCUCCCGCGAUGGCCUUCGGUGCACCGAUGUACGAGCCCAUGAUCGCCGGCGGAUGCGGCGCCGCCUACGGAGGUUCCGGCAUUGGUAACCUGGCCGUUGCCGGUGAGCUGCCAGUGGCUGGUACCACUGCCGUAGCCGGACAGGUGCCGAUCAUCGGCGCUGUGGAAUUCGCCGGACCCGCUGCCGCCGCUGGAGCCGUCACCAUCGCUGGCAGCUGCGGUUGCGGAUGCGGUGCUCCUUACAUGUACUAAAAAAGAUUUUAAACCAAUAAAAUAUUUUUAAAAAUUUUA